AUGGCUGUCCGCGCGCAAUUCGAGAACUCCAACGAAGUCGGUGUCUUCUCUACACUCACCAACGCCUAUGCGAUUGUCGCAGUAGGCGCUUCCGAGAAUUUCUACAGUGUCUUCGAAGCUGAACUCCAGGAUGUCAUUCCUAUCUGUCACGCCACAAUUGCCGGAACGCGCAUCGUCGGCCGUCUGACCGCCGGCAACAAGAAGGGUCUCCUUGUUCCCACCACCACAACCGACCAAGAGCUCCAGCACCUGCGCAACUCGAUACCAGACAGCGUCAAGAUCCAGAGGAUAGAAGAGCGAUUAUCGGCCCUCGGCAACGUCAUAUGCUGCAACGACCACGUCGCACUUGUGCAUCCCGACAUCGAGCGCGAGACGGAGGAGAUAAUAGCAGAUGUGCUUGGCGUAGAGGUCUUCAGGCAGACAAUCGCAGACAACGUUCUCACAGGCUCGUACAUGGCCUUGAGCAAUCAGGGCGGUAUCGUGCAUCCCAAGACAUCGAUCCAGGACCAGGAUGAACUGUCGAGUCUGCUUCAGGUCCCGCUCGUCGCGGGCAGCGUGAACAGAGGCAGCGCGGUUGUUGGUGCGGGUAUGGUUGUGAACGACUGGAUGGCCGUCACUGGUCUUGACACAACAGCAACUGAACUCUCUGUCGUUGAAAGUGUCUUCCGUUUGGGCGAAGGUGGGGCUGAGAAGAUCAACACGACGUACAAAGAUGCCAUGGUCGAGUCAUUCUACUAG